CAUACAGGCGGGCAAGAGAACAAACUGAACACAACUUAUUCGACUUAUUCGAGGCCGGCUUUGUUGCUGUGCGAUCUGUUCCGUUGAAUUAUAUGUCGUGCAGCUAGUUGUGAUCAACCUUCUCGGACCACAAUUUUUCAGCUGAAGAUACCCAAGCCUUCAGAGAGCAAAGUACAUCAUUAAGAGCUGUGAUGGCAGCGCUGGUGGCGGAUUACGGGUCCAGCAGCAGUUCUGAGUCGGAGCCAGAGCAGCCAGAUAUAUCAGAAGAUACCAGUGCAAAACCGAAUGCUCGCUCAGCGGCCGCCGUCCGUCCGUCCGACCGUCCGUCGUGCCCGUUGAGGUACGAUGCUGCGCUCCCUGGCACGUCUGGUGCGCGCCGCCCCGCCGCUGCCGGCGGAGACCGUGCUGCGGAGGACGCCGACAGUCGCCCGGCUGGCCCGUCCCUUCGGCAGCCUACCAGGGCUGCGGCCGAUCGCCAUCAAUGACCUGGGCGCCGACUGCCCGUACUCGGCCGAGGAGCAGGCCGUGCGCUGCAAGCUGGCCUCGCUCUACCGACUGGUGGACGCCCGCGGCUGGAGCAUGGGCAUCUACAACCACAUCACGGCACGGAUCACCGCCAGCGACGAGCACUUCCUGGUGAACCCCUUCGGCCUGCUCUACGACGAGGUGACGGCCAGCAACCUGGUGCGUGUCGACCUGGCCGGCGCCGUGCUCGACCCCGGUUCCAGCGCGGCCGGGGUCAACCUGGCCGGCUACGUGCUCCACUCGGCCAUCCACGAGACGCGGCCGGACGUCAUGUGCGCGCUGCACGUCCACCUGCCCGACGCCAUCGCCGUGUCCACCAUGCAGUGUGGCCUGCUGCCCAUCACACAGGAGGCUUUGGUCGUGCACGGUUUCGCCGGAGUCAGCUACCACGACUACCAGGGCAUCCUCAUCAACAGUGCAGAAAAGAAGGAUAUUCAGGAAAACCUCGGACCCAAGAAUAAGGUGCUGGUGCUGCGGAACCACGGCGUGGUCGUCUGCGGCGAGACCGUCGAGGAGGCCUACCUGCUGCUCGACUUUUUCAUGAUCGCCUGCCAGUCGCAGGUGGCUAUGAUGGCCGCCGGCGUGGACGGCCUCGCCCAGAUCUCCAGCGUCGCCUUCGAGAAUAUGCUCAAGAUGAAAGAAGAAGCCAAGGGCGUGGAUACGAAGACCAUUUCGGAGGGUAAGGCGCUGCAGUUCGGUCAGCAGGACUUUGAGGCGUGUAUGAGGAAGCUGGACCGCGCUGGGCUCAGCACUGGGUACCCGUACCGGCGCCCCGAGCUGCUGGACCGCCAGUGAGAGCUGCUGGACCGCCAGUGAGAGCUGCUGGCCGCCAGUGAGAGCUGCUGGACCGCCAGUGGGAGCUGCCGGGCCGCCAGUGGGAGCUGAGUACCUGUACCGCUCGGAGUCCAGUGGGGUCUCAGUACAUGUACCGGUAUCUGUAGUGUACUGCUCGGUCUCCAGUGGGGUCUCAGUACCUGCACCGGUAUCGGUACCGUAAGUCAGCAGUGGGGGCCGCCGCACAGUAGCGCCGACACACGAUCAAACUCAGAACGCAAAAUAACAUAAACAGAUGAUGUAAGUAAAAUAUUACCAGCAAACAAGAUCGGAGGCCAAAGAAAUUUUACAACUCUGAGCGGCAGAAUCGAAAUCAAUUAUGCCACGAUGUCGAUCACGUGUUGUUGACUACCUGACGUUUGUUUGCUGAGCACAACCCGCUCAACGAUUGCCCGUGGUCGUCGGCGUGUUAGGGCACUGAGCAGCGCUUGGCCCGGCUGGUGGUCUGGGCGAUCCCGUGAGAUACACCGCUGUGUGGCACCAGUUUUAGGUGUGUAACGUGCUGGCUAGGCUGUCGUUUGUAAGACAUGUUACAUGGUAUUGGAUAUUUAAUCGCUGAAAUGCUUGACUCGUGUAUGAACAAUGAACAUAGGUACAGGGUAUUGUCUUGGAUGAAUAAACCGACGACGAAUGUGUCAAA